AUGCACAUGUCCGGGUCACCACCAGACUCGACAGAGGCAGGCGACAUUGCCAAUCUCCAUCAAGCACCGCCAGACCACCAUGUACCUGUGGACCACCUUCGCUCGCUUUACUAUCGACCAGCAUUAGGAUCCGGCAUCCUUGUACCGUCAUCCGACGUAUUCCUACAAUCAUCGCCUUCACCGCAAAGCGGGAGUAUACAGGGCGUUCAGGCAGCCCGGUCAAGCAGCCCGUCGAGCUGGCAGGGACAUGCUCGUGCCGAAAGCCAUCCUGCACGAAGUGCACGGCCCGCAGCUUCGUCCUUCUGGGCACACAAUGUCCCACACGCGCAUCCCGAGUCGCAUGUCGGCAUCCUCGCCCAAUCACAAGCACGAGCACCAGAGGCAAGCACGCCACCUUCACACGCGUAUACGUCUCAAAUGCAGCAGAGGCAGCUGAGCUACAUCCACGCUGCUCCCGGAUCGAUCGCCUCAUCGUAUGGCCUCGGCAUCGGACGCAUCGACGCUCCCCGCCAAUUACACGGUGCUUCCGCGAUAGCAUCCUCCUCCUCUUCGUACGGCUACCUUCCUACGCGCGUACUGCCGGUCGACGAGAAAAAGAGAAUACUCGUCACCGGAGGCGCUGGCUUUGUGGGCUCGCAUCUCGUCGAUCGGCUCAUGCUUAUGGGUCACGAAGUGCUCGUACUCGAUAACUUCUUUACGGGCCAAAAGACCAACGUCUCGCAGUGGGUUGGCCAUCCGAACUUCGAACUCAUCCGACACGACGUCGUCGAGCCGCUCAUCAUCGAAGUCGACCAGAUCUACCAUCUUGCGUGCCCCGCUAGCCCCAUCUCGUACCAGGCCAACCAGAUCAAGACGAUCAAGACCAAUUUCUUGGGCACGCUCAACUCGCUCGGUUUGGCGAAACGCACAAAGGCUCGGUUCUUGCUGGCGAGCACAUCGGAGGUAUAUGGCGAUCCGGACGUGCAUCCGCAGCCGGAGACGUACAAUGGCAAUGUGAAUCCCGUGGGGCCAAGGGCGUGUUAUGAUGAAGGCAAGCGGGUGGCUGAGACGCUGACGUAUGGGUAUUUUUAUCAGGACAGGGUGGAUGUGAGGGUCGCGCGCAUCUUCAAUACGUAUGGACCCAGGAUGCAUCCGCACGAUGGGAGGGUGGUCAGCAAUCUCAUUCUGCAAGCGCUGAGGGGGGAGCCACUAACCGUGUUUGGAGAUGGGUCGCAGACACGCAGCUUCAUGUUUAUUCAUGACCUUAUUGACGGGUUGAUUUCGCUGAUGAACGCGGAGCCUACCGAAGGAGUGAAUUCAACGCAGCAUGCGUCGGCGCUCUCGCAUCAGCAGAGGCAACAGCUACAGCCACAGACGCAGGGCGCAUCGGCAGCAGCACUGGAGGCAGCCGCCAUCAUGACCCAGGCCCCCGACACUAUCAUUCCUUCCGCCUCGGCCGUCUCCACACCUGCACCCGUCGUCGCCACCGCUGCCACCACAACCACCACCACCGCAACAAGCGCGCACGACGGCUCCUUCGACACGGCACAUCGACGGGACGUGCACACCCCGGUUAAUCUGGGCAAUCCGGCCGAGUUUACCAUCAUGGAGCUCGUGCACCUCGUGCAGAAGUGCGUCGCCAAAGUCAAAGCCGAAGAUUUUGACGCUUCUUCUUCGUUGCACAGCAGCGACACGGUCCCGCCCAGCUCACAGUCAGAGAUCCGAUUCUUGGCCAUGCCCAAGGACGACCCCAAGCAGCGCAAACCCGACAUCACGCGCGCGACGAGCUUGCUCGACUGGUAUCCUCGUUGGAAGCUCCAGGAUGGACUCGAGGAGAUGACCAGGUGGUAUUGGCAGCGCAUCAAGGAGGGUUUCCUCUGA